UUGGGGCUGCAUCGACCCCCGCGGCCGCCACGGUCCCGGCCGCCACCUCCGGCCGCUUUGCCAGGGGGAUCUGCGAGCGGAGAACCUCCUGGAGCUCCCCCGGGGGCUGAAGGUCGAGCUGAGGGCAGGGGGGCCCCGCCGUGAGGGCGCGCAGAGCCACGUCGCGGCCUGCGGGCCGCUGUUCCCUGUGGGAAGGACCCCUGUGUUUUCCCCUUUGGUUUUCCCAUUGGUUAUGCGGGAUUCCCGCCGUGGCCUCUGGCGCUUGUCUUGGCCGUGGCGCUUGUUUUUCCCUAUCGGCUGUCGUGACCCUGCCGCCAGGCCGGCCCCCAACCCUCCGGCGGAAUCCAAACAUCCGAACAAGCAGAGUGGGAAUAAACGCAGCAUGGGCGGUGGUAGAAAGAAGCGAGGUGCUGAGCCACGAUGGGUUUGGCUGAGGACAAAGUGUACACCCAUAUUACGAGAAACCUCAAGAAGUUCGGGACUAUUCGAGUGGCGUCGCUGGCCGAUUCCCUGACCUGCCUGGUCGAUUCUGACAGAGAUGAGCUCCUCGCCCGGGAGGAGACACGGGGCAACCAGGCAGCUGUGUUUAGGUUCUAUCAGCACCUGAAGUGCCGCAAGGGCUGGGUGCAGGAUCUCAUCCAGGCACUGCACCACAACAACGCAGGGCACCUGGCUGAUGAGCUGCAGGAAGUCUAUGAUGCCUGGCAACCUCGACCUCGUUCCUCAGCUCCUGCUGCUGCCUCCUCCCUUCCCAGUGAUGCCCAUCCCAGUGCCUCCACCAUCAGUGCCCAGACACCACCCCGGGGGCCAAAUCCUGCCCCGUUGGCUGGGCAGCCACGCCGAGACCUGGCCACUGGUGACCAUCCCCCUGUCCUGCCCAGUGCUGGCACCACCACGAGCACGGAGCUGGAGGCCAGACUGCCUGUGCAGGAAUCGCUCCCCAAAAAACUCCUGGAGCAAGAGAGUCCCCAGCCAGUUCCACCUGGGAGCAAAGUCCAUGGCGGAGCAAGCGGCAGGCACAGCGGAGAGGGGAAUCUCUCACACCCUGCCGGGGCCGUGCCGGUGACAGCAGUGACACCAGGGGUGGCCGUGCCACCAGCCGUGUCCCCAGAGCAGGGCCGGGACUGGCUGAGCCGCCGGCCGGUGUGUGUGGACAAUGGCUUUUUUGGGAAUGCCAACCACCUGCACCGUGGCACGCCCAGCCUGGGCCUGGGCAGGGCUGCUCCAUCGAGGGAUGCAGAUGCCACUCACAGCCCUGGGCAGCCCAGGAAUGAGCCUGAAGAGAGCUCGGAUGUCUCCACAGAGUCACCACCAAGGCUGGAGGGGGCCACUCGUGCUGUGGUGCAGCAGCCCCCAAACCCAGUGCCAAAAAAGCAGCCUGUGCCAAGCUCUGGGCAGGGUGAGCCCACGAGCAGCUUCGUGGAUGUGCGCAGCCCCCUCCUCAUCCAGGAGCAGUUUGAUGUGGAGAAGAAGCGGGUUGGGAUGCUGCCAGAGCACCCAGCGAGUGGAGGUGCUUCAAUGGAAACAGCUACCCUGGGUGCCACCCCUGUGCCCAGAGCCACUUUCCCAUCCCGUGACAGCUCUGUGAAGUCUCUUACGCAAGAGAAGAAGCUGCCCGUUGGGAAUACAGCCAGCAGCACCCCCUCUGUGCCAACCAAGGAGAAAGUGCUGCCAGCCUCGGCAAACCCUGUCCUGGGCACAGCUGUGGUAGGUGGCUCCGAAGGCGUGGCUGGGAGAUCGGCUUCCCGGGUGAGCUCUGCCACCAGCAUCUGGGCACCUCAGAGUGAUGAGGAGAGGGAAGAGGAGCUCAGCAAGCCAGGUGUCCUUGUGUCCACGCCUCGUGGCAGCCCAGAGGUGGCCAGCAGAUGCCCGAGCUCUCAGGAGCCCAGCAACCCCUGUUCCAGCACCUCCAGCAGCCUUGGCCUCAGCAGCGACCCAAUCCUGGUGAGCAGGGAUAGCCUGAGCUCAGGGGCAGCAUUGCCCAGAGUCUCCUCAGUUCCUGCAGGCCCCAGAAAGGAGGCACCUGGAGCAAGCAGAGACUCCUGUCCUGCUCCAGGCUGGGACAGCAGCUCCCUGGGCACCCACGAGCUCCGUGUGGAUCAUCACCCCAGCGUCCAGCUUGAAGCUGGCAGUGAUGGGGUCACUCCCCUUGGAAGCUCCGUGAAUUCCAGCUCUGGCAGUGCCACCAGCUCACCUCAGGCCAGAGCCCCAAAGGGGGACAGCAAUGGCCUGUCCCUGCUGUACAUCCUUCCAGCUGUUGGUGUCAUUUCUGCCGUGGUGUUUGCCGUGUACGCCCGGCUGCGGAAAUAGCGGAUGGGACACCACGACCGUGACACAGCCAGGGGGUUCCUCUAGCAACAGGAUUUUGGCCAAUGCAUUUGAAGCCUGAAGAGUAGCAAAGGGCAGUAGGGGCGUUGUUAAAUCUUUUUCUGGAAGGUUCUGCUGGAAGAGGCCUUGGUACAUGAUGCUUUGGGUUUGGGUCUGUUCCCUCCCAUUUCCCAGCCAUCUUCUUGGCUGUAGCCUUCUCUUUUUACACCCCUCAGGGAGAAGAUCUCGCUCCAAAAUGUUCCAUUGAGUCAAAAAGGAAAGCACUUAUGGUGAUUCUCCAUGUCUUGUUUGGUCCCAGGAAGUCUCAGGGAAACAUAUACUGGUGAUCCAAAGGGUGACCUCCAGUUCCUUUGUGCAAUGCAGCCAGGAGAGGUGAUGCAGAUAUCGUGUAACAGCAGAGCUGAUUUUCUUGGCUCUGCUCAUCUUGGUUUAAAAAUGUGCCCAAGGGUGGGUGCAGCAGCCUCCACUGGACAUCUCAUGUUCAGUUUACCUUACUUGGUGUCUCUGGCUCUGCUGCUCCUUCUGGGAUUGUUUCAUGUAGUACUGACCCUGGGAAUAAACAUGAGGGUCAGGAAAGAGCUGCAUCUAACCAGCAUUAUCAAGGAUCAGCCUCAUUUCACCCCCUCCAGGCAGAGAGAGGGGUUUCUGAUUUAAGAGGAAUGUUUCAGGCAAUGCCAACUUCAAGCAGACUUGGUCCCCCAAAAGGUUGUUGUGUGUCUUUGAUUUUUAGGCUGGAUUUUUGAAGCUUGGUUGGAGGGGUAGAUGGAGUUCCUGCCCUUCCUGAUACCUGUUGCUAUGGGGUAGGGGUAUAGGAGCCUUCUGCUCAGGCUGGGACACAAACAGGAUCAACUGUGCACUGCAGGGAGGCCAUAGCAGAGUCUGAGAUGCUCUGGGCUGUGGGGAGACCUUGGAGCACCUUCCAGUGUCUAAAGGGCUUGGAACAAACUGGUCUUGGGGAAGGUGUCCCUGCCCAUGGCAGAGGGCUGGGAUGAGAUACUCAUGAAUGGCCCUUCCAACCCCAACCAUUCUGUGAUUCUAAAAUACAGUGAAGAAGGGAAGAAGCAACAGCUUGGAGUAAUUACAUUGCUUCAGGUUGCUCCAAGCCCCAUUCAGCUUGGCCUUGAACUCUUCCAGGGAUGGAGCAGCCACAGCUGCUCUAGACAACCUGUGUCAGUGCCUCACCACCCUCACAGGGAAGAAUUUCUUCCCAGUAUCCCAUCUGUCCCUGCCCUCUGACAGUGGGAAGCCUUUCCCCUUUGUGCUGUCACUCCAGGUCCUUGUCCAAAGUCCCUCUCCAGCUCUCUUGUAGCCCAUUUAGGUACUGGAAGCUGCUGGAACGUCUCUUCCAAGUGUUCUCCAGGCUGAGCACUCCCAGGUCUCCAGAGCAGAGGGCUCAGUCCUGUGGCCUCACUCCAGCAGCUCCACAUCCUUAUGUUGGACACAGCACUGCAGGUGGGGUCUCACCUGAGCAGAGCAGAGGAGCAGAAUCAUUCCCUCAUCCCAGUAAUUCAUCCUGAAUUCCUGCCAUUAGCACAACUUCCCAAACUCUGCUCUUCCUGCUGGCAGGGAGCUCAGCCCAUCAUACCCAGAGCUUGGCCUAUGGUGGGAAAGGUCACUCUGCCCUCACUGGCUGCUCCUGCCUCCCAAGAGUUUCCUUCUGCCCAAAAAUCCAAGAAGUGCCUCCAUAAACGAAGGCCAGCCAAUAGAUGCAGGAGGGAGGUGGUUGUGCUGUGUCAGGGCUGCUUUCCAGAAGAGCUCGAGGAGUUCAUUCCUUGCUCAGUGCCUGGUGCUGAAGGAGGAAGGGACAGUCCUUUAGACACACUCAGCCCCCUCUGCCAGGAGAGGGAACGUGGGGCUGCUCUUCCCAUUACAGAUAAAAUGGUUUUCACUCCCUAACAGGAGGGACAGGAAGGGACUUGCCUUCUCCACACUUUCUGUAAUUCAGGGCAGAUCCAUGAGAUCCCAAACCAGCCUCAUCCAUACCAAGGCCCUCUUCUCUGAUGCUUUACUUGCCUGUGAAAUUCUUCCCAUGUUUUUCCAUACAUUUAAGCAACAGCUUGUACGCUUUGCCUUUUCAUGUUGGAUUUCUCUUGUGAAACAGCUGGUUUGUCACCACCUCAGACUGGGGAAAGCACACGUUCAGAUUGCUGCUGUGAAGUGCCAGGAUUUUCACAGUUGUUACAUAGCACUUUAAAGCCUUAUUGGCAGGAGCUGGUGCAGGAGGGAGCUGUGUCCCAGCACAUCUUUUACUAACAGGCUAUAAAACGCCUUUUACUAACUAUAAUAAAUUGGUUUGAUG